AAGUAUUUAUUGAACACUACAGAGUUUUGUGUUACCUAAAAAUUUAAUGUGGAUGUUGAACUCUGCAGAAAUCACAUGAAGUUUCUUCACAUUCACGCUAUGAAGACAAGAAUUGCAGUUCAAGCAGAUGGAAAAGCAAAGAGAUUUCAAGCAGGGAUGGGAAAUUAAAGCUGAAAACAAACGUGUUCUUAGCUUCCUUUGACCAAAUGAGUGAACAAGCCUCUGGCGACAGUGCUUGCACAGUGUUAGUUGCCCUCAUAGCACACUGGCUCCACUCCAACCACAACAUGCCAACAAUGUCCCAAUUUGACCACCUCAUCACACAAGGUUCCUCUGAAUGGAGAAAACUAUGCAGGAGUGAUUACUACUUGAAUCUAUUCCCUGACAAGCAUUUUGACCUUGAGACAGUCCUAGAGGCCAAUUUGAGACCCAUAAUUGUUGUACCACAAGAAUCAUAUACAGGUUUUUUCUCCCCAGAGAAGUUCCAAUGCUUGAAAGGUGCUAUGUCCUUUGACCAAAUUUGGGAUGAGAUAAGAACCAAGGUGGAUGAAAAUCAUAACAAGCCAAGAAUAUACAUAGUGAGUUGGAAUGACCAUUUCUUUGUUCUAAAGGUAGAAAAGGAUGCUUACUAUGUCAUUGAUUCAUUGGGGGAAAGGCUCUAUGAAGGGUGCCAACAAGCAUUCAUAUUGAAGUUUGAUGAAUCUAGUGUUAUGUAUGGUGCUUCAAGGGGAAACAUUGUUGGCGGCAGCGGCGGCAAUGGUAGUGGCAGAAGAUUCGAGGCGGUUUGCCAUGGAAAAGAGUGUUGUAAAGGGUUCAUCAAGAGGUUUCUUGCUGCUAUACCAGUUAGGCAACUAGAGAAGGAAGAGAAGAAAGGGAAUGUUUCAAAUCCAUUUCUUCACAGGCAAUUGCAGAUUGACUUCCAUUAUAGCACCAUUUCAUCAACUUCUUCUGCUAUUAGGCAUUAAAACCUGUUCUGUAGUUGUUUUAGGAUACAAAACAAGAACUGGGAUAGUAAACACAAAAAGGUUUGCUUUUGCGAGUUAAGUCCAAAAGUGGUCCCUAAAAUUGGUAAUUUGUACCAAUUUGGUCCCUGAGAUCCCAAUAGUCCCUUGUAUUCUGAAAAAUGCAUCAAAUUAGUCCUAUUUUUCGAAUUUUUGAGACUAAAGUAAUACGAUUGAUAUCCCAGAGACCAAAUUUGGGCUUAACUCA